AUGCAUGCCAACUCCUAUGAUGCACGCUUCAAGGAUUUGAUCCUUGCUAUUCAGCUGGAGGUACCCAUUACUGACCGUUUGUUGAUAAAAGUGUUGACAAAAAAAAUGACCUUUGCAGAUUACAUUUCUAUCUGUAAGCUAGUGACCAACUUCUCUGUUACAUCAACAGUGAUGGUUAUUCAGGUUUUUUAAAAGGCCUUUGAUGUGACAAAUCAUGAGCUUUUCCUCAAGAAAGUAACAACUUUAGGGAACAGUAGAAUGGUUUAGGUCAUAUCUUACGAGCAGGAAUAACAUGUUUGUGUAAAUGGCUGUUGCUCCUGCAGUCAACAGCCACUACGGGGAGUUCCUCAAGGAUCUCUCCUGGAGCCUAGUCUUUUCCUUAAUUUUGUAAACGACAUACCUUUGAGUCGGUGUUGUCUUUUUACACAGGAAAGCCUUUUGUUGUACCAAAUGGGAAAUCUUGAAGGGUGUAAGCAAUUAAGCGAAGAUGUGUGUAACCAAGCAGUAAAGUUCAACUCACCCAACUACAAUGUCAUUGCUGGAAAGGCCAAAAGUGUUUUGUCUGGUGCUUACAAACAGGAAAGGAGGUUUACGAAGGCUGAAGAAGUCUUGGCGACCUCUACAGAGGUUGGCAACUAAACACUUCUAUCGCACCAUGUAAGGAAAGAAUUCUUGGAUUCUGGAUUGCAUUCUGCUGGUUCUGGAUUCCAGUCACUGCAUUCCAGUCUUUGUCAGUGGAACUAGGAUUCUGGAUUCCAAUGUUUAGUGGGAUUCCAGAUUCCUUAAGCUGUAUUCCAGAUUCCAAACCCAAGAAUUCCAAAUUCCACAAGCAAAAUUUUCCCGGUUACAGGAUCUGGAUUCCUUUACAUGGGGCGACUUCUAAGUAACAUUAUGAAUGGAUAUUCCGUUGAAAAGUAACGAUCUGAAAAUUAAUAUGAAAAUGUGUUGUUUUGCAGCUGUUAGAGGCAGUUGUUCCCGGAGAAGAGACGGCUAUUAACCGCACGUGUGUCGCUGCCCUGUUCUCUGAGAAAGCUGCUGUUGUGGGAAUCACCAAAUCGGAGGAAAAGAAAAUGAAAAAAGCCAUGAAAGCUGCCCUAAUCCAUUAUGGGCACCAACGUGAUCGAGGUCUGAACACGAAUGCUCGUAGUCCAAGGCGAUCAUUAAUCAGAUCAAUUUUCUAUUACCUUCAUUCUACUAGAGAAAAGGCCACUAAUCUGCAGAUCCCAGUACCUGAUAAAGUCAUGUCGGUGGUGGAAAAAUUCAUUCGAAAUUUCAGCAGAGAUUUUCUUAAUGACUGCCCCAUGAGAGACAAAGCACUGUUUUACAAUGCACUGGGAGACUUGCAUGCACAAAAGGGAGAGUAUGAGCAAGGUGAGUCACUACUGUUACAGUCAGUUGUCACAAUCUACUUACAAAGUGAAUAG